AUUCACUCUCAAAACACCUGGUCUAGUUGAUAUACCCCACUUGAAACGGGGAUACUCAUCUCUGACAGGCUGACCGGGGCACAAAUUGCGUCUUGCCAGAUGUAACAGUUACCCUCCUCUUCUUUUCGCAUCACAGAAAAGGAUGGAUGGCCAGGGGUAUAAAUAUAUCCUCUAUCCUCCCCUAAUCAGUAGCCUGCUGAAUUUUCCCCCAGAACCAGCGCCAGAUCAUAAACACUUGGGUCUACGUCAGCGUCAGGAGAUAGAUAUACAAGAGUCUAAAGUCAUUUUCUUUGCAGGACAUACCCCGAUAAUGACGGAAGAAAUCCCUCGUCUCUUCCUCCACGCACCGCCGUGCUGCGAUUCUAAUAUGUCUCGCCGCCAGACCAGGAAAAACGAUAAUGGCAAUAGAAACAGAUGGUUCUACGAGUGUCGAGAGUGUGGUGAUAUGGUGUUUGACGAUUGGGAGGGUAUCCGAGAAGGAAACCCUCCAUGUGAAUGUGACAUGUCCUCUCGUGUUCAGAGGGAGAAAAGUCGUGCUUAUGUUUUUCGCUGUGCGAGAGGGUAUUGCGAUUUCUUUUCUGAGAUGUGAGGAUUCACUGUAACUGGGCAGCUGACUGGCAGUAUUUGCAAAGUCCCCCAACACUUUUUUGUAUUUGGUUCUGCUUGCAACCUUUUUCAACUUCUUUUAUAGUCAAUUUCAUUGAAUUUAUCAUUUGUUGAA